UGGACCUCCUGCUUCUCACUUGUCACAGACCCAUGUGUGAGAAUUCAGGAUGAAGUUUCUGAUUUUCGGGAUCGCAUUUGCAGCGAUAGCUUCUGCUGCUCGAGCCCAAGUGAGGGAGAGUAGCAGUCAUGGUGCCACUUCAGUACAGCAAACAGUACAAGACAUCAUUGCUAAUGGCAGCUGGAAACGAGAUGUCCAUUCUGAAGCCGCUGAAAAGAUUCAAGAAAUCUUUGACCAAAUGAUGAGAGAGAGAAGGACUUGUAUUGAACCUUCAAAACCACCAACAAUACAAGAAAUCAUUGCUAGAGGUGGCUGGAAAAGAGAUGUCCCGUCUGAUGCUGCUGAAAAGAUUCAAGAAAUCUUUGAUCAGAUGAUGAGAGAGACAAGAGCCUGUAUUGAACCUUCAAAACCACCAACAAUACAAGAAAUCAUUGCUAGAGGUGGCUGGAAAAGAGAUGUCCCUUCUGAAGCUGCUGAAAAGAUUCAAGAAAUCUUUGACCAAAUGAUGAGAGAGAGAAGGACUUGUAUUGAACCUUCAAAACCACCAACAAUACAAGAAAUCAUUGCUAGAGGUGGCUGGAAAAGAGAUGUCCCUUCUGAUGCUGCUGUAAAGAUUCAAGAAAUCUUUGAUCAGAUGAUGAGAGAGACAAGAGCCUGUAUUGAACCUUCAAAACCACCAACAAUACAAGAAAUCAUUGCUAGAGGUGGCUGGAAAAGAGAUGUCCCUUCUGAUGCUGCUGAAAAGAUUCAAGAAAUCUUUAACCAAAUGAUGAGAGAGAGAAGAGCUUGUGUUAAACCUUCAAAACCACCAACAAUACAAGAAAUCAUUGCUAGAGGUGGCUGGAAAAGAGAUGUCCCUUCUGAUGCUGCUGAAAAGAUUCAAGAAAUCUUUAACCAAAUGAUGAGAGAGAGAAGAGCUUGUGUUAAACCUUCAAAACCACCAACAAUACAAGAAAUCAUUGCUAGAGGUGGCUGGAAACGAAAUGCAUAAGCUAGUGAAGCUGAAACUUUACGGAAUUUUGGGAGCGAGUGGAAUUUGUUUUAUCGUUCCAAGAUAAACUAUUCUGGCCAUUAUUAUCAUACAUAUUGGAGAGAGAGAGAGAGAGAGAGAGAGAGAGAGAGAGAGAGAGAGAGAGAGAGAUCCCCAUACCAAACACCCCAAGAUACUGUAAACGAAUGAUGAAGGUAAAUAGAUUUAUGUGAUCACGAAUGAUGCUGAAAAUACCAUAGCUUUGGGUGAUUUGACCAAACAGUCUACCCACAAUUUGCUGUGACCUACUCUUCAUGAAAUAAAAAGUCCCAAAGUUGAAACAAAUAAUAUGCUUUUGGCUUAAUAAUUGGUACCAAAACUUAAAAGAGCAACCCCUUGAUGGUUUUAAAAAUAACACUGACUGAACCAAAUUCAGUUAGUCUUAUAAUUCUUAUAGUUCCAUAGUCUGAAAUUGUCUGGAUUUUGCAUUUUGAACUAAA